GACUGAACACACCAUUUACGACUUGAGUUCCGUUUCAGCCAAUAUUCAAACCUGCUUUGUUUGGUAAGAAAGACCUUAUCUACACUGUACACACAAAUCCCCGCAAAUGGUUGGCUAGUCCUGGAGAAGUUUUUCACCAGCAAUCGGUCUCCCUACUCAAACCACAGCUUAUACAAUCUCCAAUUUCUUCUCAUCAGACCAAACCUCCCCUUCCAAGUUCCAAUCAUGACUUUCUACAUCUUCAAAAUCAAACACCUCCCAUUUCCAAAGCCCCUAAUUCUCGUUUAUCUCUUAUUAAUGUUCACCGAUUUCUUCUCACCACUUCGCCCAUUUACAAGUGCUUUAUCCUUCAACUUCCCCAGUUUCAAUUCUUGUAACGCUGACUCCCCUCUAAGAUGUGACAGAUCUUACAUUGAAGACCAAGGCAUCCGACUCACCGGCAUCGGUUUCAAUCAAUUGGCUACAACGUCUGUUGGCCGAGCCACGUAUGUCAGACCCAUGUACUUGUGGGACAAGGCAUCCGGAAAUCUUACAGAUUUCACUACCCAUUUUUCCUUUGUCAUUGAUUCGCGAGAGAAUGCUGUUAUUACUAACUAUGGAGAUGGGCUAGCGUUCUUCCUUGCACCAGAUGGUUCGACUACUACUGCAGACAGCGAUGGUGGCGCUUUGGGUCUUGGUAGGCGUAGCCAGAUAUUAAACACGACGGAGAAUCAUUUUGUGGCGGUGGAGUUUGACACCUAUUCAAACAGAUUGGAUCCGCCCGGAGUACAUGUAGGUAUUGAUAUAAACUCCACGCAAUCUGUUGCUAAUGUCUCAUGGUUGGGGGCUAAUAUUUCUAUUACGGAAGGGAGAACUAAUGAAGCUCGGAUUACUUAUAAUUCUACUUCUCAUAAUUUGAGUGUUCUCUUCACUGGUCUUAUAAACAAUACUAUAGUAUGGCAGUCCCUUUCUUAUAAGAUUGAUUUGAGAGAUUAUCUGCCUGAAUGGGUAACUUUUGGAUUCACAGCCGCAACAGGAGCAGAUCCUGCAAUACAUACCAUUCGCACAUGGAAUUUUACUUCAACUUUGGAAGAUAUUGUAACCGAACCAAGGAAAAACAACAGGUUGGGAUUAGCCAUUGGGUUGGGUGUUGGGGGGCCUUUUUUGGUUGGUGGGUUUGCUUUAAUUCUGUUUUGCUUGUGGAAGAGGAAUAAGAGUUAUACAGAAGAGGAUCUUGCCUUUGAUAGGAGCAUGGAUGACGAAUUUCAAAGAGAAACAGGACCAAAGAGGUUCUCAUUUAAAGAAUUGGCUCAUGCCACCAAUAAUUUCAAUGAUGAAGAGAAGCUGGGUGAGGGUGGAUUUGGCGGGGUUUAUAGAGGAUUUUUAAGGGAGUCAAAUUCCUUCGUUGCUGUUAAAAGGGUGUCAAAAGGGUCCAAACAAGGGAUAAAGGAGUAUGCAUCAGAAGUAAAAAUCAUAAGUCAAUUGAGACAUAGGAAUUUGGUGCAACUCAUUGGCUGGUGCCAUGAAAGAGGAGAACUCUUACUCAUUUAUGAGUUCAUGCCCAAUGGAAGCUUAGACUCACAUCUUUUUACAGAAAAAAGCUUAUUGAUAUGGGCAACGAGGUACAAGGUUGCUCAAGGACUGGCAUCGGCCUUGCUUUACUUGCACGAAGAAUGGGAGCAAUGCGUUGUGCAUAGGGAUAUAAAAUCAAGCAACAUUAUGCUCGAUUCAGAGUUUAACGCUAAACUUGGAGAUUUUGGGUUAGCUAGGCUUGUGGAUCACUUGAAAGGGUCACAAACCACUGUUUUGGCAGGCACCAUGGGCUACAUGGCUCCUGAAUGUGUCACAACCGGGAAGGCUAGUAAGGAGUCAGAUGUCUAUAGUUUCGGAAUUGUCGCUCUGGAAAUUGCUUGCGGAAGAAAACCAAUCAAGUACAAUGCCCCUGAAGAUCAAGUAGUCAUGGUGCAGUGGGUUUGGGAGCUCUAUGGAAUUGGAAAGGUACUUGAAGCAGCUGACCCACAGCUUGGUGGAGAUUUUGAUGAGCAGCAAAUGGAGCGCUUGAUGACUGUUGGGCUUUGGUGUGCUCACCCUGAUCGCGACCUUAGGCCUUCAAUAAGACAAACAAUUCAUGUUCUCAAUUUUGAGACUCCAUUGCCUGUUCUCCCAUCAAAUAUGCCGAGGCUAGAACAUCUUGCUCCAACAGUGAAUAGACAUGCAAUGUCACUUUCUAUGUCCAGUGCUGCUACUAAUUAUGAGGGAGGACAAAAUCAAUAUUCAGGCAAUAGUUACACCAAUUCCACUGUGUUCACUUCAUCCUCUACAGCUUCUCAAUCUUCAUCGCUUCUGCAUACGCGUUAAAUUGUUCGGUCCUGCUUUGGAGAAAAGAAAAGUGAUGUGCUGCAGCUCCACAAGUCCUCCACGUUCUAGUGCUUGCUACUAGUGUAUGGGGAGAAACGUGUUUGCAUGUUUUGGUUCAGUGCUGCCCAGCUGGUUUGUCCUCUUGGAAGUUGCUGCAUGGAGAGGAGUGUAGUGCUGCCAGCCUUUGAAUUGAUGGGUGCUGCGUUCAAUGCUGCUGUCCAGCAGCUUUGGAGUUGCUGUCCAGCAGCUUUGGAGUUGCUGAUGGCCUUCUCUUGGUUCCCAAUGCUAUCCACAUGCUGCCUUUGGAAAGAAUUAUGUCUUGGUUGCAUGGACUUCAUGUCUAGCUUGGUUCUCACGGCUACAAGUCUCUCCUUUUGCAAAAAAUUUCCACCAAUAUAUAUAUAUAUAU